GCUACAAAUGAGUUUUUCCGUGUUUUUCGUGAAUUUGACGGAAGAGUGUUUCGUUUGGCGGGAGUGAAGCAUUAUUAUCUAUGGAAGAUGUCAGUCAUGUCACAUUGUUAUAGAUCAAGUGAAAAAGUACUUUAAUACAUUGAUAUCCUGGGUAAAUCAGAAUUGCCAUGGAUCGGAGACGAACUGCAGUCUUGAAGCGGCGUAACAACUUGAAGGAAACUGUCAAUGGACACGAAAGCCCUACAAAGCGGGCAAAAGUUGAUGAUGACUCUGCAGCGGAGUCUGUUGCAGAAGGAAGCUUGUUAACCCAAGAAGUAUCACUCCUGUCAUCACAAAGCCUUCCUGAUUGUGGCAGAAUUGAGAAGAUUUCCCUAAGGAACUUCAUGUGCCACAGCAAUUUGGAGUUCAACUUAACUCCCCACAUUAAUUUAAUCCAAGGAAGAAACGGAUCUGGCAAAAGUGCCGUCCUUACGGCUGUUGUUGUGGGUCUAGGAGGCACCAGCAGAGCCACCAACAGAGCUGCUAACUUGAAAGGCUUGAUCCAGUAUGGACGACAGAUGGCAACCAUCGAAGUGACACUUUCCAAUGAAGGAGCAAAUUCCUACAAGUUUAGCGAAUUUGGCCCUUCAAUAAAAAUAGAAAGGAGGAUAUCAUCAAAUGGAACUACUCAGUACAGGAUUAAGGAUCAUCGAGGUAAUGUUAAGUCAACCAAAAAAGAGCAUCUUAUGAGGAUCCGAGAUGUGUUUAAUCUGCAAGUUGAGAAUCCCAUAGUCAUCCUCAACCAAGAUAAAGCCAAAGAAUUUUUACCGAAAGAGACUCCAAAAACUAUGUACAAAUUAUUCAUGGAAGCAACGCAAAUGCAGUGUGUUCGGGAUGACUACGAUUUACUGAAGAAUAAUGUUGCCACUUCUAAACAAAUAGUCGAGGAUAGACGCAAGAACCUACCUAAGCUGGAGAGGGAAAUGCUGGAGUGGAAGAAGAAGAAAGAAUUCUUAGUAUCCCUUGAAGAAAAGAGAAAUGAGGAGAAGAGAUUACGGAGUGAGCUGUGUUGGACUCUGGUGGCAGAGGCUGAGCAAGAUGCUGAGACCCAGAAAAGCAAGCACACUAAUAUCAAGAAAACCAAACAGAAAAUAACGGAUGGCUUGGCUGAGAUUGCCAAAGAAAUUCGUGCUGGGAGAAAAGAGAACAAUGACCUGCAGAAAGAUAUCGAGGUGGUCGGGGACGAAUUAAAGACAGAAGAAGAAGCCCGUAAAAAAGAGUCUGAUUCUUACGUUCUCCAGCGACGGCUUUACAAUGAUCAUCAAUCAAAAAAGAAGAUGCUAAAAGAUCAGAUCAAUAAACUGAAGGAGGAAGAGAGACUUCUGAAGAAAGCCCUCAGCAAAGAUCAUAAUGCCGACCAUCGCGCCUGGGAGGCGAAAAACAGCGCGCGGCUGGCCGAGAUAGCGGCGGUCGAGGCGCAGAUGAAGCAGUGCGAGGAGGCGAGUGCAGCCGCGGACGAGGAGUGCAACGAGCACAACAAGCUGAUCAUGGACCUCAGGGAGCAGCUGCAGGACCUCAAGUGCGAGGAAAAAGGAUACGAACAGCAAACAAGAUCUUUAAAAGAUAACAUUAAGAAUGCACAAAACAAAAAGGUCAGCAAAUAUACGGUUUUUGGCGCUUGGGUGCCUGGGGCUCUCGCAGACAUUGAAAAAGCCAACAAACUCGGGAAGUUUGAGAAGAAGCCAAUCGGACCUCUAGGUGCCUUCAUCGAGGUGAGAGACCCCGCCUGGGCGCACAUAGCAGAGAAAGCUCUGGGCAAUUACUGCAAUUCCUUUCGCUGUCACUCGUGGCAAGACUGCAACUUACUCAAAACUAUUCUGGCCAAACACGUCGAUCGCAUACCAAAUAUCAGCUGCGGCAGAUUCUCUGAUAAGGUUCACGACGUAGCUCCACACGAGACGUACAGCCCAGAGCAUGGCUACAGGUCGCUGUGGUCUAUACUGAAGUUCUCACACCCAGUGGUGGCCAAUGCAGUCAUUGACAGCUGUUCUGUGGAGAGUACCCUACUCGUGCCCACUGCUGAAGAGGCUGGUGCAAUCCUUAAAAACCGAUACACGGUUCCUAGAAAUUGCCGAGUGGCAUACACCUUGAACGGCGACAAGUACUUGCCAGACCCGAACUUCAAGGUAUACGGCGGUCAGGGCAAGAAUCCUGCCCGCUACCUCCAGGUCUCCGUUCAGGACCACAUCUUGGAUUUGGAGAACGGACUUCGAUCGUGUCAGCAAGAGCUCGAGAAGAUGCGAGAGGAGAUGAGAGGCAAGCAGAGGGAGAUGAAUACUCUUGAAUCCGAGCAACGCAGAAUCCAGGACAAUCUUAACAAUUGGCGGAAAAGGAUGGUCGGCUUGCGGAGCACACUGACGAGGCUGCAGAAUGACGUCACUGACGAGCCGCUGCCGCCCGAUUUGAACCAUCUGCAGGAAGAACUUGCAAGCGUCUUGGAGAGGCAGCAGCAGCUUGAGCAGGAGUACAAGUCUGCCGAAACCGAAGCCGCUGCGCAACAGAAGCUCAUGGCUGCUGCUCAGGCCGCCGCAAAAGAAGCCAUGUGCAAAGUGAAUGCCUGCAAAGACCGCAUCAGCAACAUCAAAAAUGAGAUGUUGACGGGCAUGGAAGAAGUCAAUCAGCUACUCAAAAAAGAAGAGGCGCUAAAACAAAAACUACACAAAACAGAAAAUGACCUCCGAGAACAGCAGAAGUUGGUGGAGAUUGCCUUAGGCAAAGUUGAAGAGACGAUAGCGGCCGCAGAAAAGAUCGAACCAGUGAGAGUGCCCGUCAAAAGAUCGAGCAAAGAAGUCGACAAGAAGCUAGUGUCGCUUUCAGCGCGUCUGAGUGAAGAAAACAAAAAGAUCGGGUCGGUUGAGGAGGUGACAACGAUGUACAAAGAGAAGUACAAAUUACAUCACAAAGCCAAGACAGAAAUUGCGAAACAAAGCAACUUUCUAACGAAACUUCAGGAAGGUUACGAGAAACGUGAAGCUAAUUUUGUUGACAUCUGCAAGUACCACAGCAUUUACCUUCAGCAUCACUUCGCCAGGUCGCUACGGAACAGAAACAUAGACGGUGUUCUAGACGUCGAUCAUGAUAAGAAGCUCCUCACAAUCAACACGUGUAAGAGUUCGUCAUCUAAAGUUACCCCCACUAAAGGCAAGAAGAGCAAUCUUGCCAUGAUGUCGGGCGGAGAGCGCUCAUUCAUCACUGUUUCCUUCAUGUUGGCACUUUGGGAAACGGUCUUCAGUCCUAUCCGCAUGUUGGAUGAAUUCGACGUUUUCAUGGACAUCGUUUCUCGGAACCAAAGCAUGGACAUGAUGAUCCAAGCGUCGAGACCUCAGACUCAGUACCUCUACCUCACGCCUCUGGACGUCAAGAAGCGUUAUGACAAGAAAAUUGCCAUCUUCCGGAUGCCUGAUCCGGACCGCAACGCCCCGCCACCUGAAGAAUGAUUCUGAUCAUACCUGGAAGUGAAGCGACUGAUCAUACUUGAAAUUGGAAAAGUUUAUUUUUUUAGAUGUUUUUCUGUUUUCCCAUAACAUUAGUCAAGCGGAAACUAGUUGGUCCCAAUGGAUAUUGGAUUGAAACGGUUUUAUUUGAGUAUACAGUUGAAAACAUCGCGGUUUAAUAACUAUCCCUCCAGUAAUCAGUAAUACUGUUAAAAGUGAAACUUCACAUAUUUCUUUUGUAGCGCUAAACUUCGGACAUCGACUGUGAGAUAAACGAUUCAGUCUGACUCUCUGUAUACUCAACUUAUUUUCAAUCUUAGUAUUCCAAUACUCGUCGUGCAAUGAGAUUUUUUACCGUUCAUGUCGAUGGAUUUUCAUUUCCGGAAAUGCCUUUAAGGUAGUUUGACUGUUCUACUUUUCUUGAAAGGAGUUUUAUUUUCACAUCUGAGUUAAUUUCACUUUUCUUCCCUGUCAUUGUGAAUGAGUUGUGCUCACUUAUUUUUCAGACGCAUUCUCUAUUCAGCUACUCCUUUUGCCCCGGUGAAAUGAUUCCCAGAUUUUAUAGUCAUCAAAAUUAUUACAUGAGGAACAAGUGGAAAUGCAUUUUGUUGACCGCACCGUCUGAUAUUCCCAACAUGCUUUCUCGAGCCGAUCCUACCGGUCAACGAAAGUUCGAGUCGUUUGAAGUUUACAUGAGAAUGAAUUUUUGUCCUAAUCCAUUAUCAGCAAACUUUUAUACUCUUUUCAUUUAGUUUUCUUCUCAUUGUAUUCAAUCUUUAUGUUCAUUAGGAUUCCUCCUUUCAUAGGAUUCCUUUAAGCUUUUUUUGUUCUUGACGCUUUUCUACUUUUAUUUUAUGUAUUAGUUUUCAUGUACUCUAACUGUACAGAAAGAGGAACUUACAUUAAAUUUUGUAACGCC